AUGAUUUUAUCAAGUUCACAAACUAUACCGAGAAAAAUAGAAAUAGAGAUAGAGAUAAAUCAUCGUUUUUCAAAUAGUAAAAACAAAAUUCUUGACAUGAAUCAUAAAAGACCACCAAAAGAAAACAAUAACCACAAUAAUAACAUGUGUGUUGUUUUAUUAUUUCUAUUUGUAUCACUACUAUUCAAUAACAUCAAUUUAACAAGAGCAGAUUUAACAGUUUCAGAAUUAAAAUCAAUUGAAUGGGUCACCAAACAAUACAAACUAAAACUUCCAUUUGAUCAAAGCAUUUGCAAUGGUACCUAUUCUACAAUGGUUACAUGCGUAACCGAUCAAACAACAGGAAUCACAAAUAUUAAAAGAAUAGAGAUGAUAACAGGAAAUACAAUUUCAGGAGACCCAGACCCCAAUCUUUUACAAUUUGAUUUCCCAAAAUUAGAAUACUAUCAAUCCUAUUCUGAUACAGGUCCACAAAAUGCAAGUUUAAAUUCCCUUGUACUUUUAAAAAAUUUACCUUUACUCUCUGAGAUUUUACAAUUUACAAAUGCCUAUCUAAAGUCAAUUCCAACCUUUUUCAAUAAUAGUGUUGCAUCUUUAAUCUCCAUUUCGGGUAGAUUAAAUUAUAUUGGUAUUGAUCCCUCCAUUCAUCUACCAAAUAUUAAAACAUUAAUUCUACAAAUACAACCAUUAUCGCCAUUUGUUAUCAAUGUUGGCACCAAUUCAUUCCCAUCCUUGACAGGCUUGAAUCUCAAUAUUAAUAGUGCUAGUAAACUUCAAGUUAUUAUCAAUAGUUUAAAUAUUUCAAACCUUUUAAUUUCUGCACAAGAUUCAGCUCCAAUGGAAUUUAUAUUGGGUGAUAAUUGUGAUAAUCUCCAAGAUAUUCAACUCUUAGGAUACUUUAACUUUUCAUCAGUUGAUUUAUCAAAGUACAAAAAUUUACGUACAAUGAGGUUUGAUUCUGAAUUAUUAAGUGAAUUGCCAUUUAGCAGAUUUCCUCAAGCAACAACUUCUUUGGUCAUACAAAACAAUGUAAAAUUAGUAUUUUCAAACCAAUUAAUACCACCCAAUUCAAUGACUGUGUUAGAAAUUAGAAAUUGUAGUAUGUCAAAUUUUCCAUUGGUUAAUUUUGCAAACCAAAAAGAUUUUCAUUUACGUCUAUUAAAUAGUCCAAAUCUUUAUAUUGGAGAUGUUCCUCAACAAUGGUGUCAGUUUUUAAUUGUAAUGGUUAAAAAUGUUGGUCAGAUUGGUACAAUCCCAGAUUGUUUUUAUUGUUAUGCUGGAGAUGGUAAUCCAAAUAUUGAUUUCCCCUUGACAGUGCCACCAGGAUUUGUUUGUAAUGUAACAUUUGAUAGUUUUAAUCUUGUCUCUAAAAAUCGAGUGUAUUCGGUCCAUGGUAACAAUCUAGGAUGGGGGUAUCCUAUUGGUUCACCUGCUAUACCAAACAAACAGAUUAUAUAUACUUCCACCUUUAAAACGGGUCCACCUUAUCCCGUUUCCAUCCCAUUUGCAGGAAAAAAUUACACAUUUACACUUGUAGAGGCAGGAUAUAUUUUAAACAGUGUUGGUGUUCGUCUAAAGACAGUUGGUGACCCUGAACUAUACAUUCGAUUGUUUAGAAACACCUAUCUAAACUAUACAAUUACAAUCACACAGAAAAAUAUAUCUUGUAAUGUUAUAGGUCAUACUGCCGAUAGUAUUACUUGUACUUUUCCAAAAGAUACACUUCUACUUCCAUUAUCUCCCUUUUUCUAUUUUAAUAUUAAAAAUGAUUAUUUAGAUCAUACUCUUACUUCAAUUUUUGAUUAUCCAACAGUAACAUCAGUAAAUUAUACAAUUGAAGGAAGAAUUUUAAAACUUUAUGGAAAUUAUGGAUCACCUGCUACCAUUUCACUUGAACCUGUUAUUGUUAAAGUUUCAGAUUCCAUCGAUUGUAUUGUAAAUAAUGCAUUUAUUACCCUAAUUCAAUGUACUCUUUCAUCAGUUCCACCUCCAGGUCCAGCAACUUUAUUUGUUAGUGUCAAUGGAUCGGAAUUCUUGUCUUCAAGUUUAUUAAAUUUUGGACCAGCCAAUAAUAAUAAUGGAACAUCUGCACAAGAUCUUUGCAAAGAACAAACUUUUAAUUGUUAUGGUCAUGGUCAAUGUGACCAAAAUGGUAUUUGUCAAUGUAAUGAAAAUUAUAAUCAAAUUGAUAAUUGUCUAACUAAAUUUGCAAAUACAACAAUUAAACCAAAUACAACCAAUCCAACAGUAAAUUUUGAUAUUGAUGGUAUAGAUUUUGAUUUUGAAAUUUAUUCAAUUCAAGAAAUUAAUUAUGAUGGACAAUUAAUUAAAGAAUUGUCAUUGUCUAGUGAAAUAUGGAAUGUUUCAAUCAAUAGUGAUAAUAUUACAACAUUUGCAAAUUAUCAACUAGAUACAAAUAAUAUUGUCAGCAAUAAUUCAAUGUAUCAAUUUCUUUUGGUAUCUUCAGAUAUAUCAUUCUCUUUGAUUACGAGAAAUAUUACAUUUGGUGGUACACAAUUAAUUCUUUUACCAAAUGCAAUCAAGGUUGGAUUUACUAUUAAAUAUUGGCCAUACCAAUCAAAUGUUGCAACACUUCGAGUUGUUUUCAAAUCAAUCAUUAAUAAUGAUCAAUCGAUCUUGUUUGAUUGUGAAAAACAAUCAAUUAAUAGUUUUACAAAGGACAAAUUAUCAGAAUCAAUUCAAUACCUAAGAGUGGUAAAAGAUAAUAUUCAAUUUAAUGGUAGAUUUAUUGAUUUUGUUGUAUCAGAUGGUAGAAAGACCUAUUCAAAAACAGAAUUAAUAUCUCAGACUCUAAUUGACAAUUCAGAUGAUCAAUCAAUUGUAUUAAUUGGAAUCAAUAUACCUCAAUGUCAAUCAUGUCAAUUAGAUCCAGAUUUUACACCAUUAAUAAUUGACAAGAGCAGCAACCAAACAUUUUAA